AUGUGUCGACAAUACUUUACCAUGUACGAAUGGUGCCAGUGCGAAGAGGAUGCUGGCCAAACCCUCUGUACAUCUCGCAAGCAACAGAGCUGCCCCGGCAUCAGCAUCGAGACGGUGCACAUGCAAUGCUUCUGCCACACCCAUUCGACCAAAGGCUGGAAGAAUGAGAGCACAAUGAAGAGGAAGGAUAAGCUGUUGAAACGCCGUUCUGAUACCACCAUGAAUGAGAAGUCAACAAGAAGCCCACGAAGAUGGUAUCACUUGUGCAGAUAA